GGCCGCUGCGGGUCCGGGCUUCGCGGGGACUGCGGCAGAGACCGCGGCGGGGACGGCGCCGCCAUGGGGGAGCUGUUCCGCAGCGAGGAGAUGACCCUGGCCCAGCUCUUCCUCCAGUCCGAGGCCGCGUACUGCUGUGUCAGCGAGCUGGGCGAGCUGGGGAAGGUCCAGUUCCGCGACCUGAACCCGGACGUGAACGUGUUCCAGCGUAAAUUCGUCAAUGAAGUCAGGAGGUGUGAAGAAAUGGACCGCAAGCUGAGGUUUGUUGAGAAGGAGAUUAAAAAAGCAAAUAUUCCUAUCAUGGACACUGGUGAAAACCCGGAGGUGCCUUUUCCACGUGACAUGAUUGACUUGGAGGCAAACUUUGAGAAAAUUGAAAAUGAGCUUAAAGAAAUCAACACAAACCAGGAAGCUCUGAAGAGAAACUUCUUGGAGCUGACAGAAUUAAAAUUUAUACUGCGUAAAACUCAGCAAUUUUUUGAUGAGGCUGAAUUGCAUCAUCAGCAGAUGGCGGAUCCAGACCUGUUGGAGGAAUCCUCUUCACUCCUGGAACCAAGCGAGAUGGGAAGAGGUGCCCCGCUGCGACUCGGGUUUGUGGCUGGUGUGAUCAACCGUGAGCGAAUCCCCAUGUUUGAGCGCAUGCUAUGGCGAGUGUGCCGAGGGAACGUAUUCCUGCGUCAAGCGGAAAUUGAAAACCCCCUGGAGGAUCCUGUAACGGGGGAUUAUGUGCACAAGUCUGUGUUUAUCAUCUUUUUCCAAGGCGACCAGCUGAAGAACAGAGUCAAGAAGAUAUGUGAAGGAUUCCGUGCCUCCCUCUACCCAUGCCCAGAAACACCACAGGAGCGGAAGGAAAUGGCUUCUGGUGUCAAUACCAGAAUUGAUGAUCUUCAGAUGGUGCUGAACCAAACAGAGGAUCAUCGCCAAAGGGUUUUGCAGGCAGCCGCUAAAAAUAUCCGUGUCUGGUUCAUCAAAGUACGCAAGAUGAAGGCUAUCUACCAUACCCUGAAUCUGUGCAAUAUCGAUGUGACACAGAAGUGUUUGAUUGCUGAAGUCUGGUGUCCUGUUGCUGACCUCGAUUCUAUCCAGUUUGCUCUCAGGAGAGGCACUGAGCACAGCGGAUCCACUGUCCCAUCUAUUUUAAACAGGAUGCAAACCAAUCAGACCCCACCAACAUACAACAAAACUAACAAGUUUACUUCUGGCUUUCAAAACAUUGUUGAUGCUUAUGGCAUUGGCACAUAUCGGGAAAUAAAUCCAGCACCGUAUACGAUCAUUACCUUCCCUUUUCUGUUUGCUGUGAUGUUUGGAGAUUUUGGCCAUGGAAUCCUGAUGACUCUGAUUGCUGUUUGGAUGGUGCUUAGGGAAAGUCGUAUUCUGUCACAGAAGAGUGACAAUGAGAUGUUCAACAUGGUUUUUAGUGGUCGAUACAUCAUUCUGCUGAUGGGACUGUUCUCCACUUACACAGGCCUCAUCUACAACGACUGCUUCUCCAAGUCUCUUAAUAUGUUCGGUUCAUCAUGGAGUGUCCGGCCGAUGUUCUCAAAAGGCAAUUGGUCAGAUGCCUUGCUAGAGAAUACUCCUCUGCUUCAGCUGAACCCUGCUAUUCCAGGGGUGUUCGGUGGACCCUACCCCUUUGGCAUUGACCCGAUUUGGAAUAUUGCUAGCAAUAAGUUGGCCUUCCUCAAUUCGUUUAAGAUGAAAAUGUCUGUGAUUCUUGGCAUUAUCCACAUGCUCUUUGGUGUCACGUUGAGUCUUCUCAACCAUAUCUAUUUUAAGAAGCCACUGAACAUCUACCUUGGAUUUAUUCCAGAAAUUAUUUUCAUGUCAUCACUGUUUGGAUACCUUGUUAUUCUCAUUUUCUACAAAUGGACAGCCUAUGAUGCUCACACGUCAAAGGAUGCACCAAGCCUUUUAAUACAUUUUAUCAACAUGUUUCUGUUCUCCUAUAGUGAUACCAGUAAUAAGAUGCUUUAUAAAGGGCAGCAAGGGCUCCAGUGUUUCCUUGUGGUGGUGGCGUUACUGUGUGUGCCAUGGAUGCUGGUAGCUAAACCCCUGGUCCUUCGCCAUCAGUAUUUAAGGAGAAAACACUUGGAAGGGCAACCCGUGGAGGCCCAAGUCAGCACAGUCCCGAACGAGCAGGCACUAGAGGCAGCAGCGGCUGCAACAGGAACGCACAACUUUGGUGGGAUCCGGGUGGGCAAUGGACCAACUGAGGAGGAUGCUGAGAUCAUUCAACAUGACCAGCUAUCUACCCAUUCCGAGGAGGGGGAAGAGCCUACAGAGGAUGAGGUGUUUGACUUUGGCGAUACUGUGGUGUACCAGGCUAUCCACACCAUUGAAUAUUGCCUGGGGUGCAUUUCAAACACCGCGUCCUACUUGAGGCUCUGGGCUCUCAGCUUAGCCCAUGCACAGCUCUCGGAGGUGCUCUGGACCAUGGUGAUCCACAUUGGCCUCAGCGUGAGGAGUCUGGGUGGAGGCUUUGGCCUCUUCUUCAUAUUUGCUGCUUUCGCUACCCUGACAGUAGCAAUUCUUCUGGUCAUGGAGGGGCUGUCUGCUUUUCUCCAUGCUCUUCGCUUGCACUGGAUCGAGUUCCAGAACAAGUUCUACACUGGCACUGGAUUCAAGUUUCUCCCUUUCUCCUUUGAUACCAUCCGUGAGGGGAGGUUUGACGAUUAAAGAUCCCUCUGCUCAAGCAGUGUUAAACGUCGUGUGUUUAUGGCUAGCCCUCUCCCGUGUGUCUGAGUUGCAUGUAAUCCUCCCAUAGUGAAAAUAACUUAUUGCAGCACCCUCGAGUGUUACCAUGGCGUUCCAAAGCCAAGAGCUUUGAUAUUCUCGGGUAAUGAGUGACACUGGAUCAAAGAAACUUUUUGUUCCUCAAGUUUACCACUGAAGAUACUAAGUGCAUGAAGUGUCUGAGUUUGGUGUGUAAUAGUGUACUUCUCGUGUUGUGAAUUCCCUGGCAGGCUUAUCAGGGCGGUUUGAGAGAAAUGCAGCUAUGGCUGAGCGGGCAUACAAGCACAUGGAGAAAAGGCGUAACAACUUCAGCUUGCACAAAGCUUGCUGCUUGGGAAGAGAUUUUUUUUUUUUUUAAGAAAGUUUUACAUGUGGAUCCUAUGUAUCUCUGGCUCUGAUUAAACAAACUAUGAGCAGCGGGCAGCUGACAAUCCAGGGCGUGCUUCUCCUACCUCCAGGGCUUCCACGUGGGCCAUGUUUCAAUCUGACAAAAACAAUGUCCCAUCCCAUGCAGGGAUUCAGCUCCUUGAACUCUGGCUGGGGCUUGAGGAGCCGAUGUGAAGGGGUAGGACUCAGCCUCAGCUAAGUGUGUGGUGGCUCUCUGUUUGCUCUAGUGAUGGGGAAAUGCCUUGUCCUUGCCAGAAAGGCGGUUCCUUUCCUCCCUGGAGAAGAGGCGCUCCUUUAACUGUGCACCUGCACACUCCUAUCCCAGGCAAAGCCCUGUGUCCGGCAGCGAAGGCCCGUUCCGCCUCUUGUUUCUGGAGGCAGAGGUGGGAACGGGGGGCUCAGGCGCAGGGGGCUUGGCUGCCUUGCUGUGGCCUGGGGCGAGAUGGCGGAGGGACAGGCUGCGGCGCAAACUGUCACCUCGGGUACUGACCACUGGCAGUGGAACGUCGUGGGUUUCUUGUGUAAAGACAAAGCCCUGAGGCUGCAAAGCCCUAGAGGCACAUCCAGAUAAUGCCCGUGCAGACUUGGCAUCAGUGGAGGCAGCUUUUGCAAAGGUGGAGGUACUACUGAUGUAUGUUGUCAUGUAUGCUCUGGGUCUGAGGAGCCCUUUAAGGGAGAACAGAGGCUGAGUCUUGCCAAAAUAGUCCCAUGGCAGUGGCGUCUCGGCGGUAUUUCCCCGGGGUAGCUGUUGCUUUUUCUCCUGUGCAAGAUGUGAAUAAUUUCUUGCCCUCCUCAACCUGAUGUAGCUGUAGGAGCAGGGGCGGGGGGUGUGUGUUAGUGCUGUGUGUUAAUUGUUGUCUUUAAUUCUCACAGUGGAUCUGAAGUAUUUGUGUAUGAACAGAUUAGAACAAUAACGAGAAUCAUUGUAACCUGGAAUUGAGGAGGAAAUGCCACGUGGUGCAGGGCUGUUAAAAAUUACGUGAGAAAGGCGCAUGUGCACUGCACGCUGCAACGGGUGCAUGCACGGAGCACGGGGAUCCUUGUGCUGUGCGUGGGCAUCUUCUGGGUAAUCGUUGUGUUUACAGGUAGACUCGGGUGUAUGUUUACAGUGGUGUUUGCAGAACAAAAGAUGAAAUCAAAACGUGUCUGCAGGUGGAGCAGUGACACCAGUCCUGCUGCCCGGGUGAAAUGCAUUGCUGAUUGUCACUGUAUAAAUUAAACUAAC